AUCAUAUUUCCUCUCAAUUCAAGAAAACAUUCAUUCCCGAUUCGCUUCAGCAUCUCCCACAAUGCCGAGAACAGAGUGAAAAGGGGAAAUGUUUCUGCACGAUUUUAUUCAACGGAAGCUCGCAGCUCUGCUGCAGACAUGGCUGAGAGGCGACUACGACCUCCAGCUCAAACUCGGCCUCCUCCGCUCAAGCGGCGCCCUCACCAACAUCACCUUUGAUACCGCCGCGCUCAACGAAUUGCUGGACGACCCCUCCAAAUUCUGCUUCAAGGAAGUCACCGUCGACCACGUCAGCCUGCAAUUCGCGCCGUUUUCUUCCUCCGCAUUCACUCUUGUGGUGCGCGGCGUCCACAUUGUUCUAUCGCUAGGGGAGGAAGAGGACGAGGGAGGAGUGAGGUGGACGCGGAGGCUGAAGACGGUUGAUACCUCGGCGGAGGAAAGGAAUAAGGUCCUUAAGGAUAUUGAUCCCGAGGGUUGUGCCCUGCAUGAUGCUAUUAAAAAGAUUUCGGACAUUAGCACCAGAACAUGGAGAGAUUCCUUAUGGAAUACUGUAACUAGACAUUGUCAAUUGCUGUUGCAUGAUGUUAAUGUACUUCUGCAAUAUCCUUGCUUGCAUGAUGUGCCCUUGUGCUCAUUAUACUUGAAAAAGUUUGGAGCUGCAUCACAGAUUUUAGGCCAAAGAUGCUUCAUUAGAGGGUUCAUGAACUCAUUUUCUUUGCCUUUUGAAGAGAGUUCAUUUGAUGUUGAUUUUAAUGGUUUUGAGGUUACAUUAAACAGCCAAAAUCGCAGAACCACUGUUUUUCCUGCAACCAAUAUGUCUGCUUUAGUUAAUUUGAAUAGCCUUCAGUCCGUGAACUUCUCUUUUCAUGUCCCAGCAUUAAAUUUUUUAUUUUCCCCAGCAGAUCUCUCUGUUAUACUGUUAUUAUAUGGACUCUUGUCCAAAGAGAACAAAUUUACCAGACCUGGGAGGCAGCUAUGGAAUAUAGUGGCAACAAAAAUUAGUUCUCUACUUCCAACUUCUAAGUUGUCAUUGGUCAAAGUUGUUAGAAGUGCAUCGCUAUGGCUGAAAUAUAGUACUACCUACCGUAGUAUACUUCUACAAGUUGGAUGUCCUUCCGAUGAAGAGAUGAAAAGAUCAGCUAUGUUGAUGUUCCAUGACACGAAGUAUUCAAAAUCUGUGAGGUCUCAGUGGAAGUCGAUAGCUGAAAUUGAAAAUGAGUUGCCUUUUGAGGCAAUUGCAGUUGCUCGGAGAAUAAGUCGCUACAAAGUGUUGUCAAGGAGUCCUGAAAGGAAGAUUCACUCCACCAGGACUCCCUCAAAGUUGCGUCAGCUGCUACUGCUUAUAUUGAGCACAAUAGGCAGUUUGUUGGUUUCACUGAUGAGAGUGUUCUUUUUGGACAAAGUUCUGGCUGUUUUUUGUGGAAGUAGCCUGCAUUCUGGCUUUGUUAGUGAAAACUCGGCUCUACAAAAAAGUGUAUCCUUAAAAGUUUUAGAAAUUUCAGUGAGUAUAUCUCCAGACGAUGUCUUACAGUCUUCUACGCAUGCGAAGGCAGUUUCAAACAUGGGGAUUGCAUACCAAGACUUACUCUCGUUCAGGUUUUCUGUAGAUGAAUUAUUCAUAAGAUAUCUGGAAAAAAUUUCUGAAGAUUCUCUUACAUUUGCCACCGGGUGCUUGAAUGUUCAUUCAUUUUCGACUGCAAAAGCUGGUGCAAGUAAUCGCCUGAAACAACAGCAGAAGAUGGAAACUGAUCGAAGACAGAUUGUCGUACGGGCUGAGCCUGCUCAAAAUAUUAACUUUCCUGAAGCUGUUUCUGAAGAUGAAGAUGAUAUAGAUGAUGUUGGUAGAACUUCAGUUCCUCAGUUAGACUGUCUUCUAGGAAAAUUGUGGUUGAAAUGGAAGAACUUAUUUUUAACGUCUGAAAGAGAAAAUAUAUCAACUAUGCAUUCUCCAUGGAUUCUUUUUGAUAUGUGGAGCUGUUUAAUUGACAAAGGAACCAGUAGGUUCGUGCUCUCAGAAUGUAACAUAGGACCAGAGAGCCUUGGACUUAGAGAACCUCAAGAAAUUGGCAGCUCUGGCUUAGGGAACGGAGCUUAUAGCUGUCAAGGGGAGACUUCACUCUGUGCUUACUUAAAUUUUAAGGGUUUGAAGGCUUACAUUGAUGAGAGCACUGAGAGCAAAAAAAACCAAAUUAUAGACUUGAGGCCAACGACUGCAAAGCUCAAAUAUGUGAGGAAGGACUAUCAUUCACUUGGUACAUCAUUCAUUGCUGUCUCAGCAGCUUCCCAUUGGGUGGCUACAGGGUUUUCCUGUUUAAUGUUUCUGGAUGAGUUGUAUGUUCUGACAAAGGUGAUUUAUCUUCCAUAUUCAGCUACAUCAGGCAGAGAUACAAUUUGUGUUGAAUCUGAUAGCAGACUCUCUGGGAGAAGCAGUCAUGGAUCCCGAGUUACAUACCCUCAAGUUUUUUUAAAUAGCAAACUUGAGCUUAAGUUGCUUGACAUGGUUCUUCAUAAGUCUAGGAAAAGCUACAGUUCAGAGACCUAUACAAACAACUUGCCUACUGAGAGAGAAACUGGCAGUAGUUCGGCCUUGAAUGACAUUUCUCGCAAUGGAAUUUACAUCUCUAUGCAGCAUUCAGUAACGGAGUUUAUUUACAAAGGACAGGAUAUGGAUGUUAUAAUUGAUACCACUGGAUUUCGAUGUAUCAUUUUCAGAUAUGUGACUGAGUUUCAAGGAACCUCUGAGAAAUCUGAGCUUAAAAAUCUAUUAGGCUUUUUAGAUUUUUUGACUGAAGCAUCAAUUUCUCAUAGCAAAUUUUGUUUCUGCUUGAAAAACCUUGAUGAAGCUUUUCCAUCAGCAAGCUUGUCCAAUACAGCUGUUGAAUCUAGCUCUCAUGGUACUGAAAGCCUGCGUGAUCAUUGGCUGUUCGUGAAAAUUGUUAUUUCUCAAAUUUAUAUGGCUGGAUGCCCAAUAAAAGAUACUUUGGUCCAUGACUUGGAGGAAUUCAAUGCUGUUUUUUCUGUUGGUGGUGAAUUCCAGACAAUCUCUUGUGAAUGCAAGGGUGGUUCCAUGUUACUUGAAGCAAAAGCUGUCACAGUGUUCAAUGAAUGCUUUACUUUGUACUACCAGUGGGUCUCGAAACUUCGGCCUUCUGGUAAAAUUGUAGUUGCGCAAGAUAUCAGCAAAAUGGCUUCUAUAGAUGGUAACCCCUGCGGAAGCCUACAGCAAGUUCAAUGUCAAGAAGCAGUGAGAGAUGGCCUGGAUGCAUUAUGCGUGAGUAUUUUGCAUCUGUCUCUCAUUCUUGUGGAGAGGCAUGAAUCUGGCAGAAUCCAGGAACUUCUACUUGAGGUUGACUUUCAUAUCAGCUUUGAAGUGUUAAAUACAGUGAGAAAAAUCUCAAUCAGGGAUUCCAAGUUUUCUCUGCUUUCUCAAUUCAGAGAUGAGGACCUAGGACAUAAUCGAAAGGCUAUUCAGAGUACGUUUUCUUCUAUCACACCUGAUGAUUCAGUUCCCAGGUUUAUACGAAAGGGCUCAUGGAUCUCUCCCCACUAUAAAGAUACUAUUCACCCAGACCUUGACGCUAGUCCACCGAGUACCUCAGUCCCUAUAAGGAGUUCUCAUGUUGAUAUUAUGAGUCGUCGAAAAUAUAUACUGAAAGAGUUGCAGUAUUCCCUAGAGGUAGAGAGGCCUGCAACAAGAAACAGCUCUAUUCCUCCAUGCUCAAACGACAUUUGGGUUGGGAGUGGUUAUUUAUCCCAAUUUGAUGUGACGAUCUCUCUGCAUGAAAUAAAUAUGAUGCUUUCUGCUUUUGAAUCUUGCUCCAAGGCUUUGGGAAGGGAGGGAGCCUCAUAUGUGGACCCCAGACGCUGGUCUUAUAGCCAAGAACCAGGGGAAAAUAUGGAAGAAAUGGUUCCUGAUGGAACAAUUGUUGCCAUCCAAGAUGUCGAUGAACACAUGUACAUCACAGUUAGAGAUAUGGAAAGUGGAUAUGAUAUAUCUGGAGAAGUCCAUUAUUCAUUGGUGGGAGAGCGUGCACUUUUCAGGGUGAAGCAUCAGAAGCCAGGGAGAUGGAGACCACACACUCAGCAUUUUUCCCUAAUUUCCUUGUAUGCUAAGGAUAACUCUGGGGAACCAUUGCGAUUGAGUUGCCAACCAAGAUCAAAAUUUGUUGAUGUCUGUUCUAGUGGUAAUGGGUCUGCACUUUGGGAAAUGCUUCCUUUUAAACCUGAUGCCUAUGAAGAUGCUAUUGGGUUGGAGUCUUCUACAUAUAUAUCUAAAAGGGCAUUCCACCUUGUGAAUAAGAAAAAUGACUGUGCAUUGGCCUUUAUAGAUGGCAUGCUUGAAUUUGUCAGCAAACCAGGAAAUUUAUUCAAGUGGAAAGUGUUUGAUGACCUUGGUCCAGUACGUAAUAGUUUAUCGCCUAAUAGGUUUGUUAUGGAGGGGCUUGCCAGCGCCACUCCUGUAUCAGAAGAACAAGGUUCGACGGAUGCUGGAACUAAUCUUCAAAGUGAUUCAAAUGUCAAUGACAUGGGAGUGUUAAGUACAAAUGGGAACCUCCUGGCAAUCACAGUUAAUGUGGAGAAGGUUACUCUAACAAUUGUUCAUGAGCUUUCAGAAACUGAGGAAAAGUUCCCCCUAUUGCAGGGAUGCAUCAUGCCCAAUCAAACAAUAGUACAUAUAUCAGAUGUUAAAGUCAGGAUUAUGGACAGAUUUGAAGUAAUUCUCUAUUACUUUGAUGGCCAGCAAAAUUCGUGGAAGGAAUUCAUUCAACCACUUAAAAUCUGCGCUUUCUAUUCGCAGAAGUCUCUCAUUCAGGGUGCUGAAAAUCCUCGACAUGGAGGGCCUAGUCGCUUCUUUGCUAAUUUUAAGGAGGUGACUGUAUUACUAAGCGAGCUUUCCAUGGAUAUCGUGUUGUUUGUGGUCGGGAAGUUGAACUUGGCUGGUCCUUACACAGUCAAAAGUUCUCUUGUUCUAGCCAAUUGCUGCAAGGUUGAAAACCAGUCUGGCUUGACCCUUCUUUGUCAGUUUUAUGAUAGUCAGGAUGCAUCAAUAUCUUCGAGACAGUCUGCCACCAUUUUCUUAAGGCACCUUUCUUUGGCAAAUCAACCACCAGAAGCAUCUUUCUUUUCAUUACAACUUGUCCAGCAAGCUCUUUCAACUUCUCCACUUCAUCUUUCACUUUUAGAAGCUCGAAAAUUUGCUUGGAGGACUCGGAUUAUGUCAUCCCAAGACUCCAAAUCUUUUCCUGGCCCCUUUCUUGUUGUUGAAAUUUCAAAGGGCAUUGAGGAUGGCUUGUCGAUCAUCGUCUGUCCUCUACUGAUGAUUCACAAUGAAACUGAUUUCUCUCUGGAGCUACGUUUUCAAAGGGGUCAGGGUGAGGGAACUGAAUCUGCUUCACUAAUAUUGAAAGCUGGAGAUGUUGUAGAUGACACUAUGACAGCAUUUAGUGCUGUUAACUUGCCUGGUGGUUCGAGAAAAGCAUUGACAUCUUUGAGUGUUGGGAACUAUAUAUUCUCUUUUAGACCACAUUCUGGAGAUGGUUCAGGUAAUUUUGAGAAGUUAUCCAUAGAGUGGUCAGAUGAACUUAAAGGUGGGAAGCCUAUGCGCCUAUCAGGGAUAUUUGACAAAUUAAGUUACCAAGUGCGAAAGGCAUUUGCUGUGGACUCAACUAGAUUUUCGCUCAGUAGUGCAAAUUGUGCUGUCGCAUCUGAAGAAGGUUCAGAUUCUAACAUAUAUUUCCUGAUACAAACUGUUGGAAAGACAAUACCUGUUAUAAACCCAGAUAACUUUGGGCAUGCACCUAGCAAUAAAAAUUCACCAGUUGCGAUGCAAGAGCAGAAGGAGAUUUUUAUUCUUCCAACAAUUAAGGUUGCAAAUCUAUUGCACACAGAGAUACGUGUCCGUUUGACUGAUAAAGAUCCACACAGCACUACAGAUUGUGACAACAUAUGGAGCGAAGCAACUAUUUCAUGUGAAUCAGCAGUCAAUUUUUAUGCUAAUCCUGAUACUAUCUACUUUGUUGUGACUUUAACUUCUUUCGAGUCAAGCUGUAAACCAGUAAAUAGUCGUGACUGGGUGAGAAAAUUACAAAAGCAAAAAGGAGACAUUUCUCAUUUGGACAUUGAGUUGGACUUUGAUGGCGGAAAGUACUUUGCUAUGCUGAGGUUGUCUCGUGGACUCAGAGGCACAUUAGAGGUGGAUAUCUUUACGCCAUAUGCACUGCAAAAUGGUACAGAUAAGCCAUUAUUUUGCUUUUCGGCCAACCAGAAGCCUUUAUCUAGGGGUGACAUGGAAAGACUAGGUGCCAGGGAAAGACUAGGUGCCAGUAUUUCUCCAGACUUAGGAUUAUAUUUACCUCCUCAUUCCAUCAGAUCAUGGUUCUCGAAAUGCUACAAAUUGCAUUUCAAGUUGCUGGAGGAGAAAGUGCUAGAGGCACCAUUGGACUUGGAUGUGUUAUCAGGCCUUACAGAGAUAGACCUGGAAUCUGAAGAAUUUUUUGAAUCAAAAAAUAUUGUGAGGCUUGCGGUUUCUGUAAGGCCAUUAGUCAACAAAGAAUCUAAUAUAGUAUCGUUAAGCUCGCGUUACGUUGUAUGCAACGACUCAGAAGAUGUGAUUGCUAUCCGCCAAUGCUAUAUGGAGGAUAUGGAAGACGUGAUCAAUAUCGACAGCAAAGAGAGGAUCGCUUUAAGUCUGAAUACAGUAAUGAGAAAAAAGAAAGUUACCAGCUUUGUUGAAAAUAUUCUCAAAAAGCAUACAAAAUCUCAAUCUGAUUCAUCAUUUUACAUUCAGUUCCGACCAAAUCAGACAGGACUUUGUUGGUCAGGACCAAUAUGUGUAGCCUCAUUAGGACGUUUUUUCCUGAGAUUCCGAAAAUCUGUGGAUGUUCCUGAAACUCAGUCAGAUAACAUGUCCACCAAAGAUAAUAUUGCUGAAUUUGCAGCUGUUCAUGUGGUGGAAGAAGCAUCUACCAUAGUUUUGCAUUUCCGCAGGCCACAAGUGACAAAUCUCCCCUAUAGAAUAGAGAACUACUUACGUGAUACCCCUUUAACUUAUUAUCAGAAGGGUGGUUCAUCAGAGCCAGAGACUUUGGGAGCUGGAGGUACUGUUGAUUAUGUCUGGGAUGACCUGACUCUUCCACAUAAGUUAAUUGUUCAACUUGAUGAUGUGCACCUAUUGCGAGAAAUCAACCUGGAUAAGGUGCGACCUUGGAAAUCAUUUUACCGGAGCAAGCAAACCAGAGGUCUAGGACUUCAUCUACCACUGGAGAAGAAGCCUGAAGAUCAUAAACAAACUACUUAUAGUCGAUCAAUAAGUUUGGACGGGGCUAAGGUGGGCUUUGAAGUAUAUGCCGAAGGUACCACAAGAGUGUUGAGGAUUUGUGAGUUCUCUGGUAGUCAUAAGGUGAAUAUAGUGUCCAGAUCCAGUAGAAAACUGAGGCUGAGAAUCUCUUAUUUUUCUCUCCACUUGCUGGAGUAUGCAAAGCAGCAGGUAGAUUUAGGUGACCCAUCCAGCUAUGCACCAAUAAUUAUUACAAGGCUUGGAAGAAUUAACUGGGAUGCUAUAAUGACCAAUCAGCUAAACUAUAGCCAAAUCAGAGUGCAGUCGUUAAGUGUGGAUGAGAAGUGGGCUGGGGCUCCAUUCAGUGCAAUGCUUCGCAGGCACCAGACGGAGAAGUCUGAUACAAAUGAGUGUGUCCUUCACAUUGGACUAGUUUUACUUCCAACUAGUUAUAAUGUCAGACAAGUGAAGUACCUUUCUAUCGUGCUGCAGCCUCUUGACUUGAACAUUGAUGAGGACACACUGAUGAGAAUUGUUCCAUUCUGGAGAAGUUCUCUCAGUGAAUCAACUACCUCCAGCCAGUACUAUUUUGAUCAUUUUGAGGUCCACCCUAUAAAGAUCGUAGCAAGCUUCCUUCCUGGGGACUCACGUUACAGCUACAGUUCAACUCAAGAGACCCUGAGGUCUUUACUCCAUAGUGUUAUUAAGAUACCUGCCAUUGAAAGAAAAACUGUGGAACUCAAUGGUGUCCUUGUAACACAUGCUUUGAUAACACUGAAAGAAUUGACUAUAAAAUGCGCACAGCAUUAUUCAUGGUAUGCCAUGAGAGCUAUCUACAUUGCCAAGGGAAGCCCACUGCUUCCUCCUGCUUUUGCUUCUAUAUUUGAUGAUCUUGCUUCAUCCUCCCUGGACGUCUUUUUUGAUCCUUCAAGCGGCUUGCUUAAUGUUCCUGGGGUAACCUUGGGCACUCUCAAGCUGAUUAGCAAAAUAGUAGAUAACAAAGGAUUUUCAGGAACAAAGCGCUACUUUGGUGAUCUGGGAAAGACAUUAAAAACAGCUGGGUCUAAUGUGCUAUUCGCUGCACUCACUGAAGUAUCAGACUCUAUUCUUAGGGGAGCAGAGACAAAUGGUUUUAACGGAGUGGUCAAUGGUUUUCACCAAGGAAUUCUCAAGUUAGCUAUGGAACCAUCUGUUCUUAGUAGUGCUUUCAUGGAAGGUGGCGCAGAUCGAAAAAUUAAGCUAGACAGAAGUCCCGGAGUUGAUGAGCUAUACAUUGAGGGCUAUCUUCAAGCAAUGUUGGAUACGAUGUACAAACAGGAAUAUCUUAGGGUGAGAGUCAUUGAAAACCAGGUUAUUCUCAAAAACCUUCCUCCAAGCAGUACUCUUAUCAAUGAGAUUAUGGAACGUGUAAAAGGAUUUCUCGCUAGCAAGUCAUUGUUGAAGGGCGAAUCUUCAAGUCAUUCCCUCCAACACAUACGAGGAGAAAGGGAGUGGAGACUUGGCCCUACGAUCCUGACUCUAUGCGAGCACCUGUUUGUGAGCUUCAUGAUUCGCGUGCUACGCAAGCAGUCCGGCAAAGUCAUCGGCAGAAUAAAGUGGAGGGAUGAAGAAAAGGCAGAUGAAGAGAAGGCCAUUGAUGAGCAAAAGGUGAAGUUUGUGUGGAAAUGGGGAUUGGGGAAGUUUGUGUUGUCAGGUAUAGUUGCAUAUGUAGAUGGACGGUUGUGUCGGAACAUCCCUCAUCCUUUAGCAAGAAGAAUUGUUAGUGGCUUUUUGUUAAGUUUUCUUGAUCAAAGUGACGAUGAAACAAAGUGAUGAGUAAUAUAUUUUUUCUUAUUUUGCAAUGGAAAUCUUCCAAUUCACACUU